AUGGCUGCGCAAGCUCGUGUAAGGCCGCGGAACUUUUCACGGCAAUUCUGGCCUGUGCUUCGCCAUGCCAUCAGCGAGUGCUGUUUGAUCAUAAUGCUCGUUGCGACCGCCGUGCUGUCAUAUAUGGCCACAAGGUUCGCACGCAUGUGUAGCCUCCGGUCACCGUGUAUGCUGUGCUCGAGAUUGGAUCGGUUUCUACAUGGCAAGGCCUGGUUCUCUGAAGAACUAGUUUGUGCUGCACACAGGCUGGAAAUAUCACGUUUAUCGUAUUGCCAGAGUCACAACAAGCUUGAGCGCUCUGAUGAUAUGUGUGAUAGGUGCCUGCUUUCUUGCACUACCUCAGGUGGUAAGACCUGUAACCUGACAAACAUCAAUGCUAGGGAUAAGGUGAAGUCUUGGUCGAGAUCUAGACACAAACAGCUGUGCUCUUGUUGUUCAGUGCGGUUCAAGAAGAAACGAGAUUCACACAUGCUACCUGACAUAGCAAAUAGCAGGUUUCCAGAUGAUGAUAUGAGCAAAUUAAAACAAAGAAGCAUAGCCAUGCCUAGUGUUGGGCAUUCUUCAGAUGACGGCUCUGAUCACUUGCCAUAUGAAGGAUACAGAGAACUGAAGGUUGGCUACGAAUCUGAAUCUGAGAUUCACAUCUCAGAUAGUGAUGACGAUGAGAGCAAUGCAGUACCUCAUGAAGCUAGAGAAAGAGCCAAUCACAUGUCAAGUCGCGAUGUGCAGCUGCAACCAACGAUCGCCAAUGCCAGUGGCUUGUCGAUGCUUCCUUCUGAUAAUACUGCUAUGACAAAGCCCAUGCAACCGCUGAAUACUACAAGAGAUACUGACAGUCAGUCUAGUGAUACCAAGGUUGCAAAAUCUAUGGAUCGUGCUAUUGGGCAUGGUUUGGAUGAUAUCAACUGGAGUCAAAUCAAGGCAAGUGACAACAGUAUCGACAUGCAGUCGGAGGCUAUUCCUGAACAAGUUUCAGCAGAGCUCCCAAAAAAGAAAACUUUUCUUGUUGGUAUUGAGGAAGUUGGUGAUUCUUUUGAGGGUGUUUCAGGAAGCCCUGAUGUGGAAGCUGCAAAGGAUUUUGCUGCUUCUACGAAUGCUGGAACAGGCUCAAGUGCAGACACUCAUGUCAGCUGGAACAACAGCAUGAAAAAUGCUUCUGCAAGCAGAGGCUACCUUAAAUCUCCUCGUUUAUCUGAAAUAAUCUCAGCCAGGGACACCUACUCAAAAACAAAUGAAGAAGUGAAGACAUUUCUGUCACAAUUGUCUACUGCACGAGGAUUUGAUGGCUCUUUGAAUGAGAUGACUUCUAGCCCCAGAAGCGGCACACAGAUUGAUGAGUACCGACACUAUGAUGCUACUGAUAUGGCACCAUUUCUUGAUAGGAACAACUCAAAUCUGGAUCCAUUUGAUGUCAAUGCAACUAGUGAAGAUGAAGGUGAAAGUUCCAUGGAACACCUGAAGCAGCAGGCUGAGUUUAACAGGAAAAAAAUGAGUAUGCUUUAUAAGGAGCUCGAGGCAGAACGAAGUGCUUCAGCGGUGGCAGCAAGCGAAGCGAUGGCUAUGAUCAACAGAUUGCAAGAGGAAAAGGCUUCGAUGCACAUGGAAGCACUGCAGUAUCUCCGGAUGAUGGAAGAACAGGCUGAUCAUGACCAGGAAGCAAUUGAAAAGUUAAAUGACUUGCUGACAGAAAGGGAGCAAGAAUUACUUGACCUGGAAGCUGAACUUGAGGGUUACCAGAGCAAGCUUCAUGACCAACCAUUUGAUGUUGGAAAAUUUGGUGCUACUGAUGGAGCUAUGACAUUUGGAGUCUUGGAUGGCUCAGAUUUCAUGAGGCAUACCAUUUUUGAUUUUGAAGAUGAAAAGGCAAAGAUUUUGGAGUCCUUGCACAGAUUGGAGGAAACCCUAGGCAUGCCCUCCGCAAAUAGACUUGAUAUGGGUGAUGCAAAUGAUACUCUACAGAACAGUCUAUUCAGUGAUCACUCAAUGAGCAGUAGCCAGUAUAUAGAAAAUUCAGAGCUGGGAAGUUCACCAUUGCAUCGGGAGGACUUGAUUAGUGAAUCAAUUUCUUCUCAGAACAACGAUGAGAAGGAAUCUGUUAAAUACGUGCUCAGACACAGUCACGAAAAAGAUGAGAAUGAAUCUGUUGAGAAGCAAAAGAAUGUUACUUCAUGUUCCCACUCAGAUGAUGGAAACAUCCAUACUAUGAAAAGCGUUAAACAUGACAUUUCUCUCCUUAAUGCAAGAUUCAAGGCACUUGAAGCAGAUCAGGAUUUUCUCAAGCAAAUACUAAGUUCUCUUAAUGUUAGGAGUGAUGGAGUACAAUGUAUACAGGAGAUAACUAGCCAUUUAAGAGAACUGCGAAGAAUCAUGGCAGACCAAAGGGACAUGACAGUUUUAUGA